AUGUGCGAUAGUAUUUGCAAAAAUGAAACAAAAUAUGUUCUAGGGCCUGCACCAACGUUCAUGCCACAAUUGAUUCAGGACUCACCAAGCACAACUGUAGAAGUGGAUACUCCCAUAUAUGAACCAUUAGUAAAACCAGUUAUAAAAAAUAUUGUUCAAGAAACGACAAUAAAUGUGCCAAAAAUAGAAUAUAGGGAAAAAGUAGUUGAAGUUCCAAGAAUUGAAUAUCGCACAUAUCCUAUAGUGAAAGAUAUAGAAGCUCCAAUAUAUCAAGACAGGUAUAAAUAUAAAAAUGUUGAAGUUCCUCAAAAAAAAUUUAGAGUAAAACCUGUAUAUAAAGUAGUAGAUGUACCACAAGUUGAAUACGUGGAUAAGUAUGUAAAAAAAAAAUAUAAAAGAUUUAAAUAUGUUCCUAAAGAAGUGCAAGUACCAUUUAGACCAAGAAGAGAAAUAUAUAGUGAAGUUCCUAUUCCUAGAUAUAUACCUCAUAAUAUAGAGAGUACAAUUCAGCCUGAUAUGUUUAAUAUACCAUAUAAUGGAGAAUUACCUCUUUUUGAAGGACAUAAUGAUAAUUUCCUAAAUAUGAUAAAUCCUUUUACCGUAUAUAGCAGAGGGAAAAAAAAUAAAUGCUUUUUAAAGUGCCUUUGUAAUGGCAAUGAUAAAGCAACUUAUGAAAUUGGGCCUUCAUUAGUUUCAUCACCACCAUAUAAUAAUCAAUUAUAUGAUAUAAGCAAUAAUUAUGAAUUAUAUCCUGGUUCAUACGAUGCAUUAGGUUAUAGUUAUCCAUUCAUAUUAGAUAACGAGGAAGAUAAUUUUUGCAAUAAAAUAAUUGAAGCAACUUCUAGUAUCAUAGCAGCUACAGGUAUAGCUGUAAUAUUGGCUGGAAAAUUGACUUUAGAUGGAAUUUUUCUUCUUUUAAAAAAUAAAAAUGAAGAAAAUAAAAAAGACACACCAAAAAUAUCAGAUUCAAAAGUUAAUAAAAGCCCCUCAACAAGGAAAUCAAUAGAAGAGGAAUAA